AUGAGGCAUGAUCUCGACAGUUGGGACUGUUUCAGUGACACCAUUGAUCAGUUUAUAGAUUUCCAACGUUUUUCGACCUUUUCCCGAUCAGAAGAGGACUCUAGCUUAAUGGACCUAGAGUUUCUUGGCUAUGAGGAUGAAACCUGUCUCUGCCCUGAUCCGCUCCCUUGUUUUGGCUCUGAUAUGAACUCAGCCGAUUCAGUGGGCCACUUGGUUGAGGCUUCUUGUCAGCUGAAGGAAACACAGGUGAGUCAUCCAGGAGGAUCAACAUACCAAAGCUUUGAGACAGAUCUGCCCGGAUCAGCAAACAAGUACCAGGACGCAGUCAGUGGAAGCAGUAAGGAUGAAACAGACAAAGAAAAGGAAAUCGUGGAAAUCAUCAAUGUUCCUACCGAAGAAAAUUCGACAGUGGACAAGAAAAUUGAAGGUUGUAGCAAGUUUCUUCGCCAGCAGAAGAUCCGGAACAUGAAAGAGAGAAAACGAAGAAAAAAGAUCAGCAGGCAGAUGGAAGCCUUGCAUAAACUUAUGCCACAUUCAGACAAGAGUGAUAAAGCCUCAAUCCUAGCUGAUGCAGUUGAGUAUAUACUAUUCCUCCAGCUAAAACUUCAGGCUUUUGGAAUAUGUAGCAACAUGCACAUACACCCAUCCUCUGCAGCUACACAACUCCCGCCAUCGUAUCAGUACUGCUGGGGGCAGAUGGCGCCGGUUAUCGGAAACCUUCCCCUUGGUAACGGCUCGCCUCCUUCAUUUGUUCCAGCUGCUCCGUCACCAUUGUCGCUUGGGAUGCCGCUUCUACAGAACUGCCGGCCUUUACAUCAGCCUGAGCUCUAUCAACAUGCGCUUCAGGCAACUAUCCCUCAGGGCUUCAUAUCUCUAAUCUCUCUCUCAUUUGUGCGCAGGAAUUGA